AUGGAAAAGUCAAAAUCCCACCAAACCCUUGGGCUGCUGCCUAAAAUCUCUCCACGUUCAACCUCAUUAGGCUUCACCAGUUUUCAGCCUUUCGAAAGUCCAUCUAAAAGUUCAGCGUUAUCCCCUAACAAAGCUCCAAAUCGAAAUUUCCAAUCCACCUUUCCUCCUAUUUCUAUUCGUGAAAACCUCGAAACCAGAGAAAUUUCUCGACAAAUCUUCUUAAAAACUCGAGAAAGGCGUGAAUCAGGAAGCAUGCAAACCUACGCCGGUCCAAUCGGACCUGCAGGGUCACGCGGAUUAGCUGGCAACAGGUAGUUAACCCUAUGAAAAAUUCAGCGGGCUAUAUGCCAAAAUAAUAUAACAAUUUUUCAAUAGUCAGUCAAAAAUUAAUGGUUUGCAGCUCACACCCGAUUUGGUUUUUUUAAUAAUAUAUAAUAAAAAUUACAAUUACGUCAGCUUAUCCUCUAAAAAAAGAGGGAUAGAGUUGCUCAUAAGACACUUUUAGGCGGGAGCUGCAACCAAAAAAAAGUAAGAAGGGUAGCUGACAAUUUUUAAAAAAAUUUACAGGCUAGCCCGUUGAAUUUUUUGAAAUUGGCAGCUAUCCUGAUAUUUUUAUUAGGUUAACUGCCUGUUGUCAGCUAACCCCCUCCCGACCUGCAGCAAGGCUUGAGUAUUUUGAUUCUUUCAAAAAUUUACCCAAAGUAACGCAAAGGAACAAAUUCGAGAAACUAGAAGAUUCUCCUAACGUUGCAUACUUACAAAGAGUUGAACAAAAUCAGCUGCAGCCGAAGCCAUUCGGAAUGGUAAGGAGAAAUGGCCCUGAGAACAAUUUAGAUAUACACUGUUACAGUAUGGGCGAUUUAUAUGCUGAAGCAUUUUCAGAAGGAAUAGAGCAUGUAAAAGGGCUGGAAAAAAUCAAUUUAAAGUCUAACAGGCUGACAGAAAGGGGAAGUUUUAGUAUCCUUUCAAAACUCCCAGCACAUAAAUUGAGAUCAAUUUCACUAGCUGACAAUAAAAUUGGGACUCGGUCCAUAUCAAAGAUUAUAGAAAUGCUAACAGGCUUUAACUCAACGCUAAGACAUUUAAACUUAGAAAACACUUCAAUUACAGAUUUGGCUGUUUCUGAACUCUGCCAAGUUCUUGCAGAUAAUAAAACACUAUCACGACUCAGCUUGGCAAAAAAUAACCUUACAGACAAGUCAGCUGCAGCUUUGCAUGAUUUAUUAUUUCAUAGCCAGUCACUAAAAAGGCUAGAUUUGCACUGGAAUAAAAUCAGAGGAGACGGCGCAAAAUUAUUUUUUGAAGGGCUUGCAGGAAAUGAUGUGCUAAAGGUGUUAGACUUAUCAUGAAACGCAAUAGGAAGAAACGACAACUUAGAAAUAGCAACUCUAAUAGGACAAGCUCUAAAAGCCCAUCAGACUUUAUACCAUUUAGACUUAUCUUAUAACUACUUUACUACUGAAGAGUGCAAAAUCAUAGGAGAUUUUCUUAAUGAAAAUCAUGUGAUUCUUGGGCUUCAUAUGGCAGGAAAUGACUGCUCAUUAAAUUCCAAAGGGUUUAUUACUCCACAAGUAGCAGGGGAAAGGCUUGAGCAGGGUCAUUUUUUUAGAAGGAUUAUUGAGCCAGCGAAAUGCAACUCAUAUAAGUUGAGUUAAGUUAGGUGUUAUAAGGCCAUAAGCGGAUAAGCUACAAGCCUGAUUAUCUGGUGUAAACACACCUAACCUAAGGAUUAGCCCCCUAGGGUUAGAGCCACCUCUUGCAGAUACCAUUAGUUUCCUGAUAAGCAAAGAUUAAGUUGGAGACAAAACCUGCCUAGUCCAUCUAGCGGGAUAAGGAAAACCUUCGGGGAUACUUCUCUCUUUGCCAGGAAUCCCAAACCCAGGGUCUACUUUAAAAGUGACAGAGGUACUAUUUUUAGCUAUAUCGGGACGGAGUCCUACUGCUCCACACAGAGUGUGUAUCGGAGUCGAUCUUCCAUUUUAUUUCUGUAACUCAUAUAAGGAAUCGAUAAACUGCUGGGUUUGUGAAGAUUGGGUAGAAGUUGAGUUUACCUGGAAGCCAAACGUUUCUGGAAAAGCUGACUCAGAUCCUAUUUUUUUGCAUUUAGAGUGUGAUAAUUAUGGAGCUGAUCUUAUGGCCAGACAGCAUGAUGGUUCAUAUAAACUUACCCGAGCAGUUCCACCUGGGCUUGUAAAAUUCUUUUACAGCCAUAAUGGAAGCCCUAUGAAAUCUUUGGAGCAUAAAAUCAUUCAGCUGGAAACACCAAUUCAGCGACAAGUCCAGUUUUGGUCUGGGUUCACUGAAACUGUAAAAAUGCACAGCAUCAAUGUGUUCCCUGCAAAAGGCCCUAUCUGCAAUAAAGACCAUAAUUUCGAUGUAAAACCCAGAAUUCCAGGACUUGUGUAUGUCCCUCCAGAGCAGGAGCUUGAAAGGAUCCCAUGGAGCAUCCCAAUUUCUCUAUUCAAAGACUACAAAUUUGACGAUGAAAACCUUCUUAACGACUGUUUUGAGUUCGACUGGCGAUAUUCUCGCCUGCCUAAUUUUAUUAAAAACCAAGGCGAUCAAGACAAAGUUAAAGAAAUUUUGAGGUCUCAUUAUAAAUACAUCAGAGAGACCUAUAAAUAUUUAUCAGCCUUCAGCGGCUCUGAGAUGUUUUCUAUUGGCUCAAAUGUUUUGACUGAUUUUUUAAACCAAUGCUUAAUUCUUGAUUCAAACUAUGCAGUUAGUGACUUAGGGGUCAACUGGAAUUCUUGUAUAGUCCCUAAAGAAAAAGGGCAGGUUUAUAACCCAGGCAGUGCAUUAGUAAGGUACGAGUUCAUGGAAAUCCUAGUCAGGGUUGCCAAUGAUAGAUACGUCAGGAACAAAAUCUGCACAACCGUGUCAGAGUCCAUACAAAAGCUUCUUGAUGAACAUCUUAUGCCGGUGAUGAUUACUAAUGACACAAAUAAAUGAAGGUUUGAGAAAUACAUUUGUGAAGAAGUCGAUUUAGUCCUUAAAGCCCAUAAACCUAUACUCAACGCAUUAUUUAAAAAAUACAGCGGCAAAAAGACUUUGCCAGGGUAUAAGCCUUUUAUGAGUUUGGAAGAGUUUAGGCUGCUGUGUAGUGAAGCUGGGCUGAUUAAUGAUACUUUUGCGACCAGAGAAAUUGAUUUAUGCUUCACUCAAGCUAUGAUGACACAAGUGGACGAACUUUAUAAGAAACGGCACGUUGAGAUGUCCUUUGUGGAAUUUUUAGAAGCUCUGUCAAGGUCUUGUGAUAUGGCAAAUUUAAAUACUAAUGAAAUGCUAAGCGAGCAGGAAGAAAUCCAGCAGCUCUUUAAAUCAAAUGAUAGUUUAUCUACAAAUCUAAGGUCGAAACUUGAGUCAGCGUUCCCGAAUCUUUUCAAGAUUUGCCCGCAGCUGGUUCAAGACAGUUUUGUUUUUCCGACUUCUGAGACAUAGAGCAUGGGCACGCUAAAGCGUGCCCUAACGACCCUUUCCUUUUUAGCAACUGGGAGAUUGAAUCCUCGCUUGAAGGUGACGAAUAAAACAUAAGUUACAAAGCCAGACUCUAUGCCUGUAUUUGUCAACUUGGAGUUGGCUCGCCAACAUUAAUGACAAGUCAACCCUCAAAAUUAUUAAGGAGGUAUAAGCGUUAGAGCAGCACACUAAAAGUGUGCUCACACUAUAUAAAAGCAUGAUGUAUAAGUCGAAGAGUGAUAGUGUGCAGAAUUCACCUAGUAGUUUAUACUCAGAAUAA